CUUGCGCCAGCCUCAACGUCAGCCUACUUCACCGUCCGUGUGGAGUCGAUAGGUGAUGGAUCGAGCUUAACGGAAUUUACGGGGCUGGCUAUGCCCAUGGAACGUUGAGAUUGACUGGUAUCGACGCCCCAGCUGAGAUGUACCCCUUACGGUCCACCGCAGCGCGAUGUCACUCUGCCCUAAGUCUGUACAUAAAGAGACGCUCCCAGCCGAAAUGCUUUUCUACUUCAUCAGCUUCUAGGCAGCUUAACCGUAUAAACAGUUGCUCAAGUCACUCGUUUCGCUUGUGCAGCAUCAGCUCGCCCUGAUUCUCGAUCGCUUCUCGUCGUUCGCUAACAUAAAUUUCUAAUUUAAUAAUUAUUUCCUUGGAUCGUACCGGUCGUCGAAAAUGCGUGGAUUAUUCCUGAGCCUGGGGGCUCUCACUCUCGCUGGCGCUGCCAGUGCAGAGGAGAAGCGUAACUACCCCGUAUCCGAAGGGUCUUACCCGACCUACCCCGAGUAUCCGUCGUAUCCUUCUCAGCCGGAGCAAUCGACCUCAACCGCUCAGGCGAGCACUCCUCCGGCGUACCCUACGCAAGCCGAGAGCUCGUCUACCUUCGUCGCCAGCUCCAGCACUCUUCCCGUCUCUUCCGAGACCGCGAGUGUUCCGUCUUACCCUACUUACCCGGUUGGCGGCUCUAGCUCCGAGUCUACCAGCUCUACUUUGGCUGUGAGCUCCAGCACCGUCUCCAUCCCGUCGUACCCGACGUACCCCGCGGGCGGCGAAUCUAGCAGCACCAUUAUCAUCAGCACUUCCACCAGUGCCGCUGUCAGCUCCAGCACCGCCAGUGUCCCGGGUUACCCGACCUACCCUGUCGGUGGUUCUAGCUCAGCUUCGACUUCCGCUGCUACCUCAAGCCACCCUCACCCUCACUCGUCGUACCCCGCGAGCUCUGAGUCCAGCAGCAGCAUCUUCUCAACUUCAACCACUGCUGCCGUUAGCUCUAGCUCGACCGUUCCCGGUUACCCGUCUUACUCUGAGAGCUCCAGCAGCGUCGCCUCGUCUUCAUCUGCAUUGAGCUCCAGCUCGGCUACAUUCUCUGUCCCGUCGUACCCCACGUACCCGGCCGGAUCUUCUAGCUUCGGAACCAGCAGCACUCUCGCUGUUUCUUCGACUUCCUCGAAGCCGGUCGUCCCCAGCAGCUCCGCACCGAGCUACUCAGUUGGAACCCCUUCGGUUUCUUCUGCUACUUCGGUCUCGUCCGCUAUUGAGAGCAGCUCGUUCUCCGUGCCAGGAUACCCUACUGGCCCUGUCAGCUCCUUCUCAUCUGCCUCUACUACGGCGUUCACGACCUCGACUAUCUACACCACGUCUGAGAUUACCGUCACCUCUUGCCACCCUACCGUGACAAACUGCCCUGGUACUCCCCACGUUACCACUGUGACGGUUCCUCUCACUACGACUGUAUGCCCUGUGACCGAAACCGAGACGGCGUCGACGUCUGCUCCUACUAAGCCCUCUCACACCAAGUCUGUCCCUGGUGUGCCCAGCUACUCAGCUUCGAUCCCUUCUGGUCCUAGUUCUGUGUCUGUUCCUACUGCCUCUACCUCCCUCCCCGUUGGUUCCAGCUCCACGCUUGCUACUGGCUCUACCAGUGUCCCUGGGUACCCCACUGGCCCUGCCUCCAUCCCCUCAGUCAGCUCCAGCACCGUUAUCUCUAGCUCUGCUACUCUGCCCGUGAGCUCCAGCACUGCUAGUGUUCCCGGUUACCCCACUGGUCCCGCUUCUAUCCCUUCGAUUAGCUCCAGCACUGUCAUCUCUAGCUCUGCUACCGUUCCCGUCAGCUCUAGCACUGCCAGCGUGCCCGGAUACCCUACCGGCCCUGCCUCUGUCCCGUCUGUCAGCUCUAGCACUGUCGUCUCCAGCUCUGCUACUCUCCCCGUGAGCUCCAGCAGCGUUAGCGUACCUGGAUACCCUACUGGACCUGCCACUGUUUCUACUAUCGUGUCCAGCCAAUCGACUGAGGCUCCUACUCCCUCUACUAGCGUUCCCGGUUAUCCCACUGGUCCCGUCCCUGAGGCCUCGAGCUCGACCACUGCCCAGCUCACCACCUCUACUAUUUACACGACCACUGAGCGCACUGUUACCUCCUGCGCUCCUACGGUGACCAACUGCCCUGGUGUUCCUCAUGUCACAACCGAGACUAUUCCUCUUACUACCACUGUCUGCCCUGUGACUGAGACUGAGACUACUCCCGCUACUGUCCCAACUGGAUACCCGGCGUCCAGCUCUAGCGUUGUUAUCUCUAGCACUAGCGAGCAGCAGCCCACCACCAGCGCUCCUGGAUACCCUGUCUCUUCUCCCAGCACUGCUGUUCCUUCGUCCAGCACUGGAACUGAGCUACCUUCCACGAGCGUCCCCGGUGUUCCCACUGGCCCUACUGGAUACCCGGUCUCUAGCUCCACCACCAUCACCAAGUACCUGACCUCCACCGCUACCAAGCCCGUGUACACGACCUCGACUAUGUACUCCACGACUGUCCGCACCAUUACCUCUUGCGGCCCUGAGGUUACUAACUGCCCCGGCACUCCUGGCAAGCCCCAUGUGACCACCGAUGUCAUCACCGUUGGCACCACCGUCUGCCCCGUGACUGAGACCACUCCUGCCGUUUCGACUGGUGUUUCUUCCGCUACCACCGUUCAGACCUACCCUGCGUCCUCUCCUGUCGCUCCCACGACUACCCCGGCCGCUACCCCGUCUGUCCCGGUUAGCCAGUACACCACCUCGACUCUGUACUCGACGACCGUGCGCACUAUCACUUCUUGCGCUCCUUCAGUCACCAACUGCCCUGGUGCCCCUGGUUACCCCCACGUGACCACUGAGACUAUCUCCGUCGGUACCACGGUCUGCCCGGUUACCUCCACUGAGGUCCCUGGCGCGAGCUCCACUCUGCCUGCCGGCUCCCCCAGCUCUCCUGCCGCUCCCCCCUCUUACCCGACUUCCGUUGCGGUUCCUCCCGCUGCUUCCUACCCGGCCUCUUCUCCCGUCGCUUCGUACCCCGCUUCCUCUCCGGUUGCUUCGUACCCUGCGUCGUCCCCGGUUGCUCCCCCGGCCUCGUACCCAGUGUACCCCACUGGCGGCUACCCUACCGGCGGUUCUUACACCCUCUCGACCUCGGUCAUCCCUCCUUACCCUACCGGCAGCUCUGGAUCUACCCCCAGCGCUCCCGCUGGUACUGGCAGCCCUGUUCCCCCGGCUGUCACUUCUUCCACGCCUUCCACGACUUCCGGCUACCCUACCAUCCCCACCGCUGCUGCCGGCCGUCUUGAGCGUGGCUUCGCUGGUGUGGCUGCUGCCGUCGUCGUUGCCGCCCUUCUAUAAGGGUAAUGACUAGGCGUUGGUGCUGACGAAUCCCUUCUUGUUCAUGUAUAAGAUGAAUGAAAGGAAGGGAAAGGAAAGGGAGAGAUUCAUGGUGUUCGAUUCGGAGGAUAGGAAAGCUUGGGGUUCUCGCAUAUAUAUGGAGGGGCGGUUUGAGGAUUUAUUGGUCUGGUUAGACUGGUCUAUAUAAAAAAGGGUUACGAAUUUUCUUAAGUAGCGAUCUUUUAAUUUUAUUUGCUUAUGACGUAGAGUAUUUAGCUUCAGUUUCGAAUAAUAUGAAUUCGACUUUUCAAGACCCGCCA